AACCCUCCUUUUAAGUUUACUUCUCUUCCCCUCCCCAGCCCCGCGCCCCCAACUUGUUCUUUGUUUUUGUUUUUAAAGGGGUUGUGGGGUCCGUAGGUCGCCUGUAGCACCGUGGGGGUUUAGUUUGCCCCUCUCCUUCCUCCUUACCCUUUUUUUUUCCUUUGGGAGGAGUGGGGUACUCAUCUCUACCUGUCACUUUUUUGGGGAGGGGAACCGAGAAAAUUGGGAUUGGGUUAGUUUGUUCCCAUCCCAUUCCCCCCAGGUUUAUUUAUUGAAGGGAGGGAUUUCCCCAGGGUCGGGGUGAGUGGGAAGGAAAACUUCUCUGAUCUCUUUCCAGGAGCUCUUUGGUGGAGGCUCCCCAGGAUCAGGGUCUUCACAUUGACCUUUGGGGGCUGGCAGUAGGGGACCUUUGGGGAGGGAAGCAGCGGGAGGAAUUGGAAGACUGAGUGAAGGGAUGUCCCCUGUGAAACCUUGAUAAGUGUUGAGGGCUUUGAACUUUUGGCAGAUAGAGGGGAGGAGCCUGUGUGUGUGUGUGUGUGUGUGUGUGUGUGUGUGUUGGGGGGCACCGGAGUGGGACAAGAGAUUGAUAUUCAAUAGAGGAAAUUCGUUCAAGCAAUCAAAUUUCCACUACCAGUUUAUUUUCAAAGGGGGUCAAGUUUGGGAUUCAAAGUGCAAAAAACCUGUGAGCACGUUCUGACUGCUGAUCCCAGUUUGUAUUUGGGAGCCAUGACACAAUGGUAAUGGAAAGUCCUGAAAAGACUUCACUUUCCUUCUGUAUUUGUCCAAGGGUCUAAAGUCCUAGAGAAUGACCUAGCACUUAAGAACCCAACCUGGGCCUUUUUAGGGGCAACAGUGAGUGAGGAGACCUGGCUGAGCCAAAGCAGUGAGACCGGGUCAAAAACAAGCCAGGUGCCUGAGCAAAAGUUCUUGAUGUUUUUUUUUUGUUUGUUUGUUUGUUUUUUGCUUGAGAGCCAGGCACUUGGGGUGCAUUAGACCCUUUUCAGGGACUACUGAAUUACGUUAGUACAAUCUUUGGAAGAGUUGGGUUUUUUUUUUUCUCUUCUAUUUUUGUUUUGUUUUGAGAAGAAAAGUUGGGAAAACCAAGAACUCAAGAUUGGAUUAAGGGAUCCUAGUGUGUCUAAAGAAACCUGGUUAAGGAGUUUAAUCCAGGAUGGAUUUGGCAGAACCACAGCAGUUGGGUAUGUUUACAGAAAGUGAACUGAUGUCUGUGGGUAUGGACACAUUUAUCCACCGAAUAGACUCCACCGAGGUCAUCUACCAGCCAAGACGAAAAAGAGCCAAACUCAUUGGCAAAUACCUGAUGGGGGAUUUACUGGGAGAAGGAUCUUAUGGGAAAGUGAAGGAGAUGCUGGACUCUGAAACCUUAUGCCGGAGAGCUGUGAAAAUCCUCAAAAAGAAAAAGUUGCGAAGGAUCCCCAAUGGGGAGGCUAAUGUUAAAAAGGAAAUUCAGCUACUGAGGAGGUUACGGCACAAAAACGUCAUACAGCUGGUGGAUGUAUUAUAUAACGAAGAGAAGCAGAAAAUGUAUAUGGUGAUGGAGUACUGUGUGUGUGGGAUGCAGGAGAUGCUGGACAGCGUUCCAGAGAAAAGAUUUCCAGUCUUUCAGGCUCACGGGUACUUUUGCCAGCUUAUAGAUGGGUUAGAAUACUUGCAUAGCCAAGGAAUUGUCCACAAAGAUAUAAAACCAGGGAACCUGCUACUUACAACCAAUGGGACGCUAAAAAUAUCUGACUUAGGCGUAGCAGAGGCAUUGCAUCCUUUUGCAGAAGAUGAUACAUGCAGAACAAGCCAAGGGUCACCAGCAUUCCAGCCACCAGAAAUAGCCAAUGGCUUAGAUACCUUUUCAGGCUUUAAAGUGGACAUUUGGUCAGCUGGGGUCACGCUAUACAACAUUACAACAGGUCUUUACCCCUUUGAAGGAGACAACAUCUAUAAAUUAUUUGAAAACAUCGGGAAAGGAGACUACACGAUUCCAGGGGAUUGUGGUCCUCCACUCUCUGACCUGCUGAAAGGCAUGCUUGAAUAUGAACCAUCCAAGAGAUUUUCAAUACAGCAGAUACGGCAGCACAACUGGUUUCGUAAGAAACACCCCCAGGCAGAGGCCUUGGUCCCCAUUCCUCCCAGCCCGGAAACCAAGGACAGGUGGCGAAGUAUGACAGUGGUGCCUUAUCUGGAGGAUCUGCAUGGCUACAAUGAGGAAGAGGACGAUGACCUCUUUGACAUUGAGGACGACAUCAUCUACACUCAGGAUUUCACAGUACCAGGACAGGUCCCCGAGGAGGAGGCUGGACAAAAUGGACAGAACCGUGGGAACCGGGGUCCCCCCAAGAUGGUGUGCAUGAAUGGCACCGAGACGGCGCAGCUGAGCACCAAAGCCAAAGCUGAGCGGAGGGUCAGCGCCUCCUCCAACCCCUCCCGCAAGGCCUCCUCUGCCAGCAGCAAGAUCCGACGGCUGUCAGCUUGCAAGCAGCAGUGACCUUCCUCCACCCCAGGGCUGGGGCCCGGAAAGCAUCCUGUCUUGGGGGCUCCGUGGGCCAGCAAAGCAUCCCAGGCCAUCAGUUCUCUGCGUCUACUCUUCUCGCCAUGGACACAUCCCAUACCCUUCCCCAGGCAAAUGAAGCCUCCGCUCAGACCCCAGUCAGUUCUCAGACUUGAGGAGAGGACAAGCUGCAGGUUGCUCAGCCCAGGAGGAGGGCAGAUGGGGCCUGGACACAGGCCUUUCCAGAUGUUCCCCUCUCCCAGCUGCAACCCCCACACACACCCACUGGAACAGCGCCUUUUGCCAAUCACCCCACCCCCAAUUCAGCAUCUCCAACCUGCACUGCUCCCCCUUCCCCAAGGUGACGGGAGGAGAAGUGCCAGGAGGGAACUCUGGGAAGGAAGCAGAGAUGGCUCUUCUCUCUGCUCCUGUCCAUCCGUCCUGCCUGAUUGUCCAUCCAUCCUACUUUUCUACCAGCCAAGUCCAGCUGUCCAGUGAGAUCGUGCCCUGCCCUGCCCUUCCAAAGGUGGACAACUUCUGUGCAAAGCCAUCAUAAUGCACUUUAUGUUUUAAACUACUGGUAUCUAUUUUUCCCCCCUUAUUUUUGUUUUUACUUUGCGAUAUAUUAGAGAUUCUCCCACACAUUGUGAUGUUUAAACAAAUCACAAAACAACAGAAACAGGUAUUAAAGAAACGAACCUCUCCUAUUAAAAAAAAACUGCAUUGCAUGCUGUACAGGGCUAAGAGAGGGAGACUUUGAGUGGCUAAAUUUUUUUUUUUUAAGAAAAAAUAAAACAAAGAGGUGGAUUUGAGCUGCGGUCAUCA